AUGGAUGUAGAUAUUUAUCGGGAGACAUAUACCACAAAUAAGACAUCCAUUGCACUCAUACACUGCAUUUUUUGUGACAUUUCGAGCGUAGAUAAAGGAGCCGGAGUUACUGCAUCAUAUUUAGGCUUAAAAGACUUAACGAUUAAAACAUCGCAAUUCAUAAAAUGUUGCGGAUAUGGCACUUCACAAGCAGGUGUAAUCUUUUCUGUAUCCGAAAAUUUCCAAUUUUCCAUGAAUUCAUUAAUUAUGUGCACAUCAAGUCAAUUCGAUUUUAUUUAUGCAUUCUCAAUGUCGCCAUCAGUUGUUGAUUUCGGAAAUAUUUAUACAACGACCAAUAAUGAUAAAAAUAAAUUUUAUUUUAGUAUUAGAGAUUUGCGAAUGUCUUAUUAUAACAUAACACAAAAGAAUCCAGAAGAUAUUUAUAAUAUGAUCCAUGUAACAAGUGCACAUUCAAAAGAAAAUAUAAUUAAAAAUAAUAUUUAUCAAAAUAUCAAUUCAACGUAUUUCGGUAGUGCCAGUGACAAAAUUAGCAAUUGUUAUUUUGCAGAUUCCAAUUUGCCAUACCUAAUAUGCUAUUAUUUUACUCAAUGUUAUUUUGAAAGAUGCAAUAUCGGAUUGAUUGCUUCAACUAAGGAAUCUGAAUGCUUGAAUAACUAUAUUGACAAUGAAACAACGUAUAUAUCAGCAGAAUUCACUAUUACAUCAAUAUUAUCAAAGCCAAAUAUAGAACUAUCUAAGGAUAUAAUACCGCAAAGUGUCAAACUGCUUUCUAAGAAUAUUACAUUACCAUUGUAUGCUGGUGAAUUUGCGACAGACAUCACAAUUGAAGAUUGCAGAUUUAUAAAACUAAAUCUCCAGAAUCAUGCAACAAUAACUGUAGUUAGAAUUCCGUUUUAUAUCACGCAAAGUUCAUUCCAUGAAUGCAUUUGUUCAUCCACAUCAAGUUGCUUGAAUAUUUCAAAUACCGAUCCAAAUGAAGCAAUAGUAAUCGAAAAGAUCUGCAGUACUUCAAACGUUGGAUUACACUCUUCAUUUAUGACUGUAGAUACUGAUUCAAUUAUGCAUUUUAAUCAAUCAUGUAUAUUCAACUGUCCAAAAGAAAGAUAUUUACAAGGGUAUUCCAUAUUUAGAAUCAAUCAGCAAUCAUUAUAUUAUAAAUCAUUAACGAAUUCUGUCAAUAUUUCCAAAUCAAAAACAACAUAUCCGAUUUUUGUCAUUGAUUCAAAGAGUGAUUCAACAUUUUCCUACUGUAACUUUGAAGAUAUAAAGACAUAUUUCAGUGUUGUUUACAUAAAUAAUGAUAAUAAUUUAUUUGUCGAAAUUUCAAAUUGUAAUUUUAUAAAAGUUGUUGUAGAAGAACAGAAAUCAAUGAUGAAUUAUAUUGAUUUCAAUUACAAGAUAUAUUUUGCUCCUUCAGAUAUUAUGAUUCAAUCAGGAUAUAAUUUAUCAAAAUGCGUUUUUAUUAACUCAACUAAGCCAAGUGAGGAUCAAAUACAAUACGUUCAUGACUGCGUUAUGACUGAUGAUUUCAGUACUAAUGUUUAUCAAAUUACCGAAUUUUAUUGUACAAUGCUGCCAAUAGAAAAAGAUAAAAAGAAAUUAACUGAAUUCCAGUAUAUUCUUAUUAUUGCUUUAUCUAGUUCAUUUUUGGCUAUUGUUGUUUUAGUUGUUUCAGUGACUUUGUUUUGGUAUUAUAGAAGGCGUCAAAAACGUGUUGAAGAUAAGCUUGAGCUUCAAUCUUCAAUUAUUCAAGAUUUUGGCUGA